AAGGAAAAAGGGAGAGCGCACAUGCCUACGCCAUAUUCAGGAACUAUGUAUAAAUGCCAAUCAUGGAGAAGAGAAUUCACCACCAAAAGGCAUCCCUAAAGAUAAGAGGAAAAUAUAAACACUGAAAAUAACAGAACAGUCUGUAUGAAGACAUGCCAAAAAGCUGUUGAAGUCCAUUGCCCAAUACGGUCCUGAACAUCAUGAGCUCAUGACUUCAAAGAUGGACAACUGGAUCUGUUACAAGUUGUGAUUGGCCUUAAGCUGACUUACAACCAUUGAAGAACUUAACACGAUUUCUCUCAUUCCUGAUUUAUGCCUAUCUAAUUGCCUCACACCACCAGCUUAAUCAUGUAUGGAAGUGCUCGGUCAGUUGGUAAGGUUGAGCCAAGCAACCAGAGUCCAGGGCGUUCACCAAGGCUGCCACGGUCACCACGCUUGGGCCAUCGUCGAACCAACAGUACAGGAGGCAGUUCUGGGAGUAGUACUGGGGGUGGCAGUGGGAAAACCCUUUCUAUGGAAAAUAUUCAGUCCUUAAAUGCUGCCUAUGCUACGUCUGGCCCAAUGUAUCUAAGUGACCAUGAGAAUGUGGGUGCAGACACCCCAAAAAGCACCAUGACUUUGGGCCGAUCUGGGGGGCGGCUGCCUUAUGGUGUUAGGAUGACUGCAAUGGGUAGCAGCCCUAACAUUGCCAGCAGUGGAGUUGCCAGUGAUACUAUUGCAUUUGGAGAGCACCAUCUCCCUCCGGUGAGCAUGGCAUCCACUGUGCCUCACUCACUGCGCCAGGCCAGGGAUAACACGAUAAUGGAUCUGCAGACACAACUCAAAGAAGUAUUAAGGGAAAACGAUCUGCUUCGUAAGGAUGUGGAGGUGAAGGAAAGCAAGCUGAGUUCUUCCAUGAACAGUAUCAAGACCUUCUGGAGUCCUGAGCUAAAAAAGGAGAGAGCUCUGAGGAAAGAUGAAGCUUCAAAAAUCACCAUUUGGAAGGAACAGUAUAGAGUUUUGCAAGAAGAAAACCAGCAUAUGCAGAUGACUAUCCAGGCUCUCCAAGAUGAGCUUCGGAUCCAGCGGGACCUGAACCAGCUGUUCCAGCAGGACAGCAACACUAGAACCAGUGAGCCCUUUGUGGCAGAGCUGACAGAGGAAAACUUCCAACGACUUCAUGCAGAGCACGAACGCCAGGCCAAGGAACUCUUCCUGCUACGUAAAACCUUAGAAGAGAUGGAACUGCGUAUUGAGACACAGAAACAGACCUUAAAUGCACGUGAUGAGUCCAUCAAAAAGCUGCUGGAGAUGCUGCAGAGUAAAGGUCUGUCAGCAAAAGCCACUGAGGAAGAUCAUGAGCGAACAAGACGGUUGGCUGAGGCAGAGAUGCACGUGCACCACUUGGAGAGCCUUCUCGAACAGAAGGAAAAAGAAAACAACAUGCUGAGAGAGGAGAUCCAUCGUCGAUUUGAAAAUGCUCCUGACACAGCCAAGACAAAGGCUCUGCAAACCGUUAUUGAGAUGAAGGAUUCAAAAAUUUCUUCCAUGGAGCGUGGCCUCCGGGAUUUGGAAGAGGAGAUUCAGAUGUUGAAGUCAAAUGGAGCUCUGAGCACAGAGGAACGUGAAGAGGAAAUGAAGCAAAUGGAGGUGUACCGUAGUCAUUCCAAAUUCAUGAAAAAUAAGGUAGAGCAACUGAAGGAAGAGCUAAGUGCCAAAGAGGCUCAAGGGGAGGACCUGAAAAAAAGAGUGGCUGGUCUCCAGGCCGAGAUUGGUCAGGUGAAACAGGAGCUGUCACGCAAAGACACUGAGUUGCUGGCCUUGCAGACUAAGCUGGAGACCCUCACAAAUCAGUUCUCUGACAGCAAGCAGCAUAUUGAAGUUCUGAAAGAGUCUCUUACAGCUAAAGAGCAAAGAGCUGCCAUCCUGCAGACAGAGGUGGAUGCGUUACGAUUACGUCUAGAAGAGAAGGAGACUAUGCUAAAUAAGAAGACAAAGCAGAUUCAGGAGAUGGCAGAGGAGAAGGGCACUCAAGCAGGAGAGAUCCAUGACCUCAAGGACAUGUUAGAGGUGAAGGAACGCAAAGUUAAUGUUCUUCAGAAGAAGAUUGAAAAUCUUCAAGAACAGUUAAGAGACAAGGAGAAGCAAAUGAGCAGCUUAAAGGAUCGCGUGAAAUCCUUGCAGGCUGACACCACAAACACCGACACUGCCUUGACCACGCUGGAAGAAGCACUUGCAGAAAAAGAAAGGACCAUUGAGCGCCUAAAGGAGCAACGUGACAGAGAUGAACGAGAAAAACAGGAAGAGAUCGACAACUACAAAAAAGACAUUAAGGACCUGAAAGAGAAAGUCAGCAUUUUACAAGGAGAUCUCACAGAGAAAGAGGCAUCCUUACUGGAUCUGAAGGAACAUGCUUCAUCCUUAGCUUCAUCAGGACUGAAGAAAGAUUCAAGACUCAAGACACUGGAAAUUGCACUGGAACAGAAAAAGGAAGAAUGUUUGAAGAUGGAAACUCAAUUGAAGAAGCACCCUGAAGUUUUAUUGAGUCAUCCAUCCAAGCCAGCUCAUGAGGCAACACUGGAGGCUAGGGCCAGCCCAGAGCUGAGUGAUCGUAUGCAGCAGCUGGAAAGGGAGGUAACACGGUAUCGGGAAGAAUCUAGCAAGGCUCAAGCUGAAGUGGAUCGUCUUCUGGAAAUCUUGAAAGAGAUGGAAAAUGAGAAGAAUGAUAAGGAUAAGAAGAUAGCAGAACUGGAGAGCCUCACCUCAAGGCAAGUUAAAGAUCAAAAUAAGAAAGUAGCAAAUCUGAAGCACAAAGAGCAAGUGGAGAAAAAGAAGAGUGCACAGAUGCUGGAGGAGGCCAGGCGACGAGAGGAUAAUCUUAAUGACAGCUCCCAACAGCUUCAGGACAAUCUACGUAAAAAGGAUGAUCGGAUUGAAGAAUUGGAAGAGGCACUCAGAGAAAGUGUUCAGAUAACUGCAGAGCGGGAAAUGGUGCUAGCACAAGAGGAGUCAGCCAGGAUCAAUGCUGAGAAACAGCUGUUUAAUGAAUCAGUGCAUGAGGUCAACCAUUUUGGCUUUAAAUGGUUCAAGGUAGAAGAGUUGAUGAUAGCCAUGGAGAAGGUUAAGCAAGAGCUGGAGUCAAUGAAAGCAAAAUUGUCCUCUACACAACAGUCUUUGGCUGAGAAGGAAACUCAUUUGACCAACCUACGAGCUGAGAGAAGGAAACAUUUGGAGGAAGUCUUGGAAAUGAAACAAGAAGCCCUCCUUGCUGCCAUUAGUGAAAAAGAUGCCAAUAUUGCUCUGCUAGAACUUUCAUCCUCUAAGAAGAAGACCCAAGAUGAAGUGGCUGCACUGAAACGAGAGAAAGACCGUCUUGUGCAACAGCUUAAGCAGCAGACUCAGAACCGUAUGAAGCUGAUGGCUGACAACUAUGAGGAUGACCACCUCAAAUCCUCAUCCCAUUCCAACCAAACCAACCACAAGCCCUCCCCUGACCAGAUAAUUCAGCCCCUCUUAGAACUUGAUCAGAAUCGCAGCAAGUUGAAGUUGUACAUUGGACAUCUGACAGCCCUCUGCCAUGACCGUGACCCCCUGAUCCUGCGUGGACUCACCCCACCUGCUUCCUACCACCUGGAUGAUGACCGGGCAGCUUGGGAGAAAGAGCUGCAGAAGAUGACCCAGGAGCAGCUUCAUGACGAGUUAGAAAAGGGCGAGAAGGAAAGCGCAGAGCUGCAGGAGUUUGCCAAUGCCAUCUUACAGCAGAUAGCGGAUCACUGCCCUGACAUCCUGGAGCAAGUUGUCAAUGCACUUGAGGAGUCGUCAUGACCUCAGCCACUAGCCCCACUGGAGCAGCACACCAGUGGCAAAGCCCAGUCAGUCCAAGGAGCCAUGAGAAUGGAGAGGAAUGUGAAAGACAGAAAAUGGAAUAGAAACUUCUGGUGCACCUUUUACAAAGAAAACAAAAGCAAAAAAAAAACCUCUAAAAACUAUGUGCUCUACAUGCUCUCUAGGUUCUUCCAGUCUAUGAUUAAUCAGUCAUGUUUGCAUUCAUCUUCUCACUGCCUUCCUACUUUAGAAUUCGAUUCCCCAUUGACUUUGUUGAUGGUGACUUUUGGAUACAGCUAAGCAGAGCUCUUCCAAGUCUACUGAGCAAAGAAGAGGGGAUCCACUGAAUACAAGCAGCUCUAGUUCUCCAUGAGGUUGCAGAAGAAUAGCCCUUGCCUUUCAUUCAUUUAUUGCUUCUUUCUUUUUUCUUUCUUUCUUUCUUUCUUUCUUUCUUUCUCUUUCUUUCUUUUUUUUUUUUUUUCAUAAAAGCUGAAAGCCUGAAUUUUACAGUGCUAAAACCAAACCUGAGUGUGCUGUGAUUAUGGCUCAUGACUGGCCAGCAUCAGCUAGCUAGCUCAGGUCUUGCUGCCUGUCUUCAAUGUUUCUUACGUUCUUAAAUAACAGAGAGAGGAAAGGAAAGUUUCCCUAUUUGUUCCUGUUAGUCAUUUCAUCUAGCAGCUGGGAAACAAGGUAGGCAUACUGGUACUUUCUGUUUACUUAACUUUGAUUUUUGUUGUUCACUGAUCUGACUCUGAAGUGCUGAGUGGGGCAUUUUUUCAGGUAACUGUUUUCAUCUGUUGAUUUCUUGGGUUUUUUAGCUGAGGUUUCUCAUCAUAGGUCUGUUCUAAGUCCUUAUUUUAUAGAGAGCACUCUCCCUUCAAGCAGGCGUGGUCAACAGGUCAGCUCCCAAUUUUAACUUGUAUUGUUUGUCCAUUGCCAUAGCUUUGCGAACACUAGCUGCCAUCAGAAUAGUCUUAGGUGUUUUGUAAAUGAGAAAAUUGUGUCAUUUAGCUUGAAAGUAUAAUUUUAAAGCUAAGUUAGGAAAAUCGGUAACAUAGUUCUUACUAUAAUUAUAAUUUAAUUUAUUUUGGUUUAGCUUAGGUUGACGAGGAAUGAGUUUGAGUUCAGAGCAAUAACCCAUUCUUAUAAAGAGGAGCAUCUCUGCUGGAGUUGGCACCCAGCUGAGUAGAUAGGUAUAAAAUCACAGCUUUAGUUAAACCAGUGCAAUUCUUAUAUGUAUAUGAGAGGCCUUAGUCUGGUUCCCAUCCAUGUUUGACACUUGUUAAAGCCCCUGCUGAUAGGUAAUACGACCUGAAACAGCAGGUCAGUUUGUCAUUGUGGUAGCAAGUCAGAAUCCUAUUUUAUGAGUAGGACUUGGGUGUUCUUUCUUGGACUAUGCAUUAAUGGGGAGACACGUUUUUUCCUGGCUACCAGUGGUUAUGUGUGUCUGGGGGCAUCUGCAGGACAGAACCCUUUAACACGUCCCCAUGUGCUCCUUAAAGGAGUUGUUCCGCUUUAGCUUUCUCGUAUUACUUAAGAGAAUGAGGGGAGGAUGAAAGGAGACCAAAUAUCAACACAGCAGUGGAAGAAAUCUUGGUUUUCUAGUCACUAGCUAAUUAUGAAUCCUCUCAGUAAACCUCCCAUUCAGAGCCUACAGUUUAAUUCCAUAUGACUGACUACAUUUUGAGCUUAAUCACUAAACUGUUAUGCUAAGGAAAAUGUUCCAAGCCCUUUCAGGAAAACUUCAUUUCUUAGGUCUUUCAAAUCCACAGCACAGCUCCCCUGUAGGUCUUUCACACCUUAUUUUUAUCUUUAGAAUAAAGACCGAUUGCUUCCAAUAGAAAGGAGAUCAGCAAAAGUUUGAGUAAGAGAAGAUGUAUCCUGUCUUUUUUUCAAACAAGCACUGAAAAUUGGGCAAAACUGAAACCUUAUAUACAUGUAGACUCUAUUGAAAACUAACUGAUUUAAAAUAAAUCACAUCCCAAUUCAUUCUGUUGUAAUGAUUCAGCAGAAGGAACUGGAUCCAUAACCAUGGUGUCCACUAGGAAGAAAUAUGUAAGUCUCCAAAGAAGAGGUGAUUCACACCUUUUCCAUGUUUUGAACUGCCAGUGCUUUGCAAAUCAAAACUGUGUCUGAAGCUUUUUGUGUCAUGGAUGAGGAGUGUAAUGGGAACCUGAAUGCGUGCAAUGGGGGAACACCGGAAGGCAUGUAGACAGUGACUGUACAUACCACUGAGCCGUGCCUCAUCCCAGAACCAACCCUUUGGUCCCAUUAUUUGAGUCAGCACGUUUCGAUAGGAGCUGUUGUUUUGAAAUCUUUCCUCUUGCUUUUUCUUCGUCACCCCUAAUUACUCACUCAAGGAAUUUAAUGCCGCCUGUAAAAGCAUCAGAGCCAUCAGCCUAACAUCAUCGUGCCACCGCCACCACUCCUGACUAUCUCAUUAACUUAUAUGGUCAAAUCUCCAGCUGGCCUGGUUCCCUGCUGUAAAACAAUCCCUCCUCUGUGAGAAGCUGUGGAAUUUCCCUUAUCGAUGGUUCAAAUGACUCCUGCUUGUAAACCUCUUACUGAGAUAUUCCUUGAUAGCAUUUCUGCUGCAGGCAGGGACAGGGGGAGGGGAUGGGAAUGAGGGGUGGUCACUUUGGGCUGUCAUUUCAAUUCCCUUGGUUUCCUGCGUUGCCCACACAUCACAGGACAGUGCUAGUUCUUCUGCAUCUUUAACUCAGCCUGUGGCUGUAUUUCUAGCAUUGAAAGUGCCCAAGCCAAAGGCAUGGUGCUGUCCUGACAGCAUCUGCAGGAUCCAUGCGUCGGCAGCCAGGUGAAUCUCACUGUUUACACAUCUCCCUGCCUCUUCCCUGGGAGGAUUUGUCAAGCCUGGCUAGUUUUCACGCUGGCCAUUUGGUCUUUUAUCUCCCAGCCACACACGUGCUGUUCCUCCCAUCUGGAUUGUUGGGCCUUUGCAAUUUUUCUCGUUAACCGCUGUUAUCUUCUAGGUCUUCUAGGCUUCCCAUCUUAAACAUUGAUCUUAGACCUCAGUAAAGUGCUUUCAGGGAGAGAGCAGAUCUCAUUUAGGAACAGACUUGAUCCGACUUGAUCUCCAUUGAACUAUUUCAGGUAAUCUCUCUGAUCCUGUGUUGACAGAGAUCUUGUCAUGGUGAAUAGCUUGAGGAACUAUGUGAUUUGGGAGGUACCGCCGCCCACGAUUUAAUGCUGAAUGUGACCAGUGAAAGCUUUUUCUUUUUGCUUGUACGGAGUGCCACACCAUUUGGCCUUAGGGCAACGAAGGGAUUUUGUUACCGUAAUCCAUCAUGAAAUUGCAUAUCGGGCACAUGGCAGAAGGGCCAUGUGUGCACAUACUGCAAUGCUCAUCCAGUUGCCUAACCCACCACUGCUCUUUUAAAAUCUUAUACCCAAAUGGCAGCAGCCAGGCAGAUGUAGACAGUUUCCUAGCACAGCAGUCCUGCAAUGCAGCAGCUCUAGGAAAUCAGGGGCCCUUCCCAGGGAGCCUGGGGAAACUUGCUUUUUCUUCUCCUGUUGAAUGAAGUUCCGUUUGCUACGGGAGCUGUGAAAGUUUUAAUUGCUUUAAUAUUACUUUUUUUCCUUGCAAGCUGUCAUUUGUAGAGAAACUAAGAGAUGUAAGGACUUCAGGAGGUGUCUGUAGAAAAUUAAAUAGGUCAUUUUACCUGGGUUUGGGCUAAAAAAUAACUCAAGCCUGAAGCCCAAGUACAGUGUAAAAGCUGACCCCCCGACCAUGCUUGUUCAUGGUAUCCACGAGUCCAAGUACGUAUUUUCCUCUGAAUCCAGCCUCAUGUAAAACACUAAAAGGACAUUGCAACACUAGAAUUGAAGAGUGAGGACGUGAGCACUGUUUGCAAUUGGAAGAAGAAUUGCCUGGUGUGCUCCCAAAAGAAGCUCUAAGCUUCUAGCGUUCUCUCUCUCGUUUUGACUGCCUUUAACUAGUUUUCCCUCUAGAAAAUGCCCCUUUGGAGUAUCCAAUUUUUGCCAAGCCUGAGGGAGAGAAGGUGAAGGUCUGAUGUGAUGCACAAAACUGUGUGCCAUUUCUGGUUGCACAGCUGGAAUAUCCCUUCUCUAGCAAAUUUUCUGGUACUUUGGGGCUCUCAGUAUUUUGCACAAGGGAGCAUUAAUGUCAUAAAUCUUGUAGACAUAACCCUGUUUUUUGAACAAAAGGGCACCUCUUUUCAUUUGCCCUGUAAUUCCCACCCAUUCUGCUGCUGGCGCUCAAUUUGUUGGGAAAUUUCUACAUCUGAUAAAGGUUGACAGGGUUGAGUCCCCACUCCUGUACUAAUUGCCGAUCGUUGCCACUGAAGGGGUCUUUACAAAGGAUGUAGAGAGUCACACACUGAUACCAUUUCAAAGCAAAAAUUUCACUACGUAAGUAAUGCAUAUAUUCCUCAAAUGACUCCGAUGAAAUGCAAAAGAGAAAUAGUACAAUCAAGGCAUCUGAUACUUAAAGGAAGCCUCUACUCAGCUCAACACUCACACUGAAAGAGGGAACCGGAGAGGGUGCAGAAGGCUGUGGAUAACUAACACUGCCCCAGCGAAGCCGGCGGGGUGGGAGGGUUGGGCACGGGGCAUUGUGGGGCAUCGCGCCUGGCAAGGCCAACUCUGCUAUCCUCUCUUGUCAGCGUGGCGAGGAAAAGGAGUGUCAGGGGGGCGGGGGUUAAACAAAAUAAUGUUUUUAAUUGUUUUUUCCACAUAAAUGGAAGGAACCUUACGCAACAGCAGAUCCUUCUGAACAAAAUGGCUGUGUCCGCUGACUAUUUUAAAAAAAAAAAAAAGAAAAACUGUUUCAAAACUUUUUAGUGUCAAAAGCAUAAACACAGAAAUCCUGACUUUUUCCAGUGUGUGUGGUGAGUGCUGUAACCCUGUCAUCAGUAUCUCUCCUGACUUUUUCAGGGGUGUUCUUUCCUGUUUUGUUUUCUGCUUGUCGAUAUUGUCUGUGUGGUCCUAAGGCUGGGGCAGUUACCAACAAUGUGUGUCUGUUGUCGGAUUAAAAAAAGAUAGUAGUAGAACUGAAAAAGAUGUGUUUUAAAAAAUAUAUAAAAAUAAAUUUCAUCAAAAGGAAUUCAAGUAAAGAAGCAACAAAGCCAUGACUCCUCCUCUCGGGAUUGUACGGAAAAGGAUUUGUGGGCUUAUAAUUAUAACCAGUUGCCUUUCACAGGCUUUUGAGGUCCAAGGCAGCUUGGCCUCUUAGGAAAUGUUACAAACCCUGUAUAAAUUCCUGCUUUCCCAGGUUUAUACUGUACACGUGUAAUACAGAAAUGGGCAGAAUGAAACAGUAUUUUGGAAAUCAAUCUUUUCCGGUAAUGGUUAUCAACACCAUGUGUCCCUUAAGAUAGGAACCACUGGUGUAAAUGGGCCAAAUGCUUUGGCCAAAUUUUCCCUGUCUUCUCAAUUGCACCUGUUAAUACCAGGGACACAUGCAAGUGCAGAUCGGCUGGUGCAGGUAGUCGUGUGUAGGUCCAUUAUGAAAGUUGGAUUUCUUUGCAGCUGGUUUUGGUCACAUAGCCACAGCGGGCUAUGGUACAGCAAAGGACUAGCAGCCGCCUUCUGCUGCGGUUGCGUCAAAGACUUGCACUGCUUAAAAGGAACAAUGUGAGGCUAAACUGGCACGUAACAUAAACAAAAACACCCAAAUUGCUUUACCUAUGAGACUAGGUAAAGAAUUUCAUUAAAUGAGUAUAUUUUUUGUAUCAAACUUACUGUAUGCUGUUUGUCCCCAUUUUGCACUUCUAGUUUGGAUCUCGAAAACCCAAGUCAAUCAGUUUUGCUUUUAAGUAGAUAUUUCCACUUUAGGUUCUCAGUGCUUUGGUGGCGUUUUUUGUUCAAAACAUUGUUUUUCUGUUUGGAAACUGGCAAAAAAUGGAUCUAUCAGUCACGUGUACUCUUUAUUUGUUAUAAAAUGUGGUUAUCUAAAAGCCAAAUUUGAAGCCAAAUUUUAUGAGUAGACAUUGUUCCUUUAAUCUACCCCAUCUUCCCAGCUCCCUGUGGACAUGGCCAAGUCUCUGUCCUCCCUGCCUGCCCAGGGACAGCUACGUUUGGCCCUUACUGACAAGCUCAUUACAGUAUAUCUGGGGAGGCUUUAGUGGCAAAUGUUAAGAUGCUGAAGGAGGAUGACUCAAACGGGACCAUGAGCAGGGGAAUAAUUUCUGUGCUAGCCCAACAUGCUGCUCCAAGCCCACUAAAACAGUAUAUUGCCGUUUCCCUCCAAGACAGUAUAUGAGGAGAGCCGCACACCAGGUUCACAAAUCAUUUGUGGGGUUAAAAAAAAAAAAUCUGUGGGAAGCUCCAUCCACUCCACAGACACGGAUCCCUCAUUUGCUUUGGAAGAGACGUGUUGCACUUUAGCAGAGACGGAGACAGGCUUUGGGGAUGGGAUCUAGUGUACUUGAAUUCCUUUUUUGAAAUAACAGCAGCGGGAGACAUUGAUGUCUGUGAUGCAAGUGCGCACGCUGCCUUCAACUUGUAUGUGUUUUAUUGCUGGAGUCAUGUUACUGACAGGUUAAUGAAAUUGCAAAGAAAAUGUGUUAUAUUCAACUUUGCCUUGAUAAUAUAAACACUUUGUUCAUUUUUUUUCUUCUUUUUUUAUUCACAGACUAAGUUCAUCAGGAAAUUAUAAAAUUAUUUAAAAAUUC